AUGAAUUUUCAAUUAAAUAUGAAAAAUAUUCCCUCAUCAUCAUCAUCAUCGUCAUCAUCAUCGUCAUCAUCAACAAUAAAACGUUCCUUUUAUGCAAAAAAAAUUCAUUAUCAAGAAAGAAUUGUCGAACAAUCAAUUUUACCUCAGCAAACAACAGCAUUAUCACCUACAUAUUUAACACCCGAUAGGAGUUGGAAAACGGUAGCAACAUUUGUUGCUCGUAAACCCGGAAAUGGACAAAAAAGACAGGAAAUGGAAUUAAAAAAUAUUGGUAAAGUGGCAACAACUAAUCGUCAUUUUCUUGAUGUUGACCCUCGUCGCUUGUCAAUAAUCAAUGCAGCUAAUAUGACUAAUGCUGGUGUUAGUAUACAUCAACGUCGAACAUCGAUUGUUAAUUAUUAUCAACGUCGAAAUUCUCAAUUACGUAAAGCAAGUUUUACGACUUCAACAUUGUCACUUGCAGUUACUGAUGAAGAAACAGCAGAAUUAUCAGCAACACGUUUAUCUAUAUCAAAUUCAUUAACAAGUGUUCAUAAACAAUGUGAAGAUGAAGAUAAUGAAGAAUCAAAUAAAUUAAUUGAUAUUGGUCGUGUUGCUUCAUGGGCUGUUGGUUUUGAAAAAUUGCUCAAUGAUGAAAUUGGUUUACAUGUCUUUACAGAAUUUUUAAAAAAAGAAUUUAGUCAAGAAAAUAUUCAAUUUUGGAUUGAAUGCGAAAAAUUAAAAAAAUUGUCAGAUCCAGAUGAAAUUCGUAAUAAAGCUAAUUCUAUUUGGUCAACAUAUUUACAUGAUACAGAUGAUGGUUCAUGUCGAAUCAAUAUUGAUAGUCGAACAAGACAAGAAUGUCAACAAUCAUUAUUAAAUAAUCCUAAUGCUCAUAUAUUUGAAAAGGCUCAAUCUCAGAUAUUUCAAUUGAUGAAACUUGAUUCAUAUACAAGAUUUUUAAAAUCUAAUAUGUAUAAAGAUUGUAUUAUGAGUGAAAUGGAAGGAAAACCCAUACCAUAUAUCACAAAACCACAACAAACAUCAGUUAAUAAUGAAGAACGUUCGAAAACAAUUGAUUCUCUUGCUAAAUUGAAAGAAGAAGAGAAAAAAGAUAAAAAACGAAGUCCACUUUUACCUUGGACAAAAGCAUUAAUUAAAUGGAAACGUCUAUCAGCUGCGCCAGAGACAAGCAAGUCUUUCUUUUGA